ACCACUGUAGUCACAUUAACUGUUUUAAAUAAAUGUUUUAGCUUUGAAAAGGGAAAUGACCUCGCUGGCAAUGGAGGCCUCACUGAGCCUUUGGAUUUCAUCAAAACUAUCUUAAUUUGUGUUUCUAAGAUGAACGAAGGUCUUACGGGUGUGGAACGACAGGAGGGUGAGUACUUAAAGACUGAAUUUUCAUUUUUAGGUGAACCAUCCCUUUAAUAAAACAUAAAAGUUGUUAGCUUUGGUUAGCGUUGUUUACACGGAGCAAUUUCCCAAAACACAAGUGUCUUACUGUCAAAUAUUAAACCAAAAACAAUGUUUACACGUAUGUUCAUGUAGACAAAAAAAGCUUCGUGGACAGAUUCAUAAAUGCCCAAUCGGGGUUCAAGGGCAGCUCUGGCAUCCAGGCUAAAAUUUCACACAUCCGCACCUGUUGUCGCUCCCAAUGCGCCUCCAAGCAAAGAUAGGCCUUGUAUUGAUUGUUGUCUUUGUUAAAUCUGCAUUGAGAAGCUAUCGAGGUUAAUCGGUUCGUGUUAAACUGCUACAAUAGUUUAAAGAGUCGUGUUUGUGAGCAAACAGCGGUGAAGUCAUUGUUUAAGCUGUUACACAUUCGGUUGAACAGGCAGCUUAGGUUUGUGGUUUCUUUCUGCAGCGGGGUGGUGUCUAUUCGGCUGCUCACCACACUGCCAAGAGAGGACAGAUUCAUCUCCUCAGACAUUACCGCGUCUCUGAUUGACUGAGAGAUGUCCGUGGAGGUAGAAGAGGAACGAAAGUCAGACCCAAAAGGGAGAUGCGCAAGACUGAUUUGGCGUUUAUUUCCUCACGUUUUCCUCAUUUUAUCACUCAUUUUAUAUGCGGUUUUAGGUGCGCAGAUCUUUCAACAGAUUGAGAAAAGGACUAACAAUGAGUCGGAACGGAUCCGUGAAGUGGUGCAAAAAGUGGUGGAGACAGUGCAGAAUCAUACAGAUACCUCAAAACAGGAAGAGUUACAUGGAAAAAUAAAAAAUAUUUUGAAUGAAUUCCAAAAGGAGCAGAACUGGACCUUCUCUCGUUCUCUUUUCUUCUGCUGUACGGUGUUCACUACUUUAGGCUAUGGACACAUGUAUCCAGUGACCCGUGAAGGGAAGAUGGCUUGUAUCCUGUAUGCGAUGGUGGGCAUUCCUCUCAUGCUGCUGGUCAUCACAGAUGUGGGCGAUAUCUUAGCUGUUCUCCUCUCUAAAGCGUACACUUGUCUCAGCCUGUUCUGCAGGCGAUGUAUGGUACAUCGUUCAUGGAGCCUUAAAAAUCAUGAAAAGGCAUCACCUCUCCAACAAGUGAAAGGUGUUGAUACUGGCAGCACUUAUACAUUCAACCAAGAUAUCGUGGUGCACAAGACAGUGAACAUUCGGCAGGUGAUAGGAGCCCAGUCUUCCUUCAGACGAUCAUCCUUACAGCUUCGUAACAACAAGGAGAUCUUUAACCGCAUUAUUGUUAAGGAGAGCUUCAGGCUCAAGAACACUUUGACAAAAUCCUUCUCAUGCUCAGACCUUGACCAUAUACCUUCCCCAGAGAACGGCUCCAAGUUAUUCACCGGCAUCGGAGAGAAGAUGGAUCACGUUAACGUCCCUCUGCUGGUCAUCUUGCUGGUGGUGUUUGCAUACAUGGUGGUCUGCAGUCAAAUUUUGAAAUGCUGGGAGAGUGAGAUGAACCACUUUGAUGCCUUUUAUUUUACCUUCAUCACCUUGACCACCAUUGGCUUUGGUGACAUUGUGCCUAAACACCCAAAUUUCUUCAUGGUUACCUUUUUGUUCAUUAUCAUGGGCAUGGCCAUUAUGAGUAUGGCCUUCAAACUUGGCCAAUCACAAAUUGUUAGCUGUUACAGGUGGUGGAUGACUUGUCUUAGCAUGGGCAAGGUAGGAAUACGCAAAGAUCUAGAGGGUAACUGAAGGCAACGGGUUUUUGUGGCUUUGCUAAUGGCACAUGAAAUUACUAGGAAAGCAUGACCACUCUCAGUACAAGAUGGUAAUGUGUUUUAAUGUCUUUCACUGUCUGCCAGUUUGAUAAAAUGGGUUGAAGGGGAAUGGACCACAGUCCUACUUCAGUAUAAAACAAGUAUAGAAGAAACAGUGAAGUAUGCACUCCUGUUAGCUAUCUGAGCCAAAAGAUGAGACUGGCCUCUGUGACUGUAUUAUUAUAUGCUUGUAUUAUUAGGAAAAUUGCACGAGACUUUGUUUAUUUUUUGUAUAAAUAUGUAGCUUAUCAGAAAUGCACUGACAUUUAUUCAUGUUCAUGCAAGAUGUAUGUACUGUAUUCAUGUAUGGAUAUUCAUACAAAAAUGUAUGGUAUAUGUUGCCCAGUGUUUAAUUAAUGCCAAAUAAUAAAGAAUGUAAUAUGUUUUACCUCUCCAAACAGUGCAACAUCCUUCUCUUAUUUAAAUUCAGGUGUGUAUGUAAAAUUAAUUUACUGACUAAUACGUAAGCUAGUAUGUAACUGAAUGAUUGAGCAUCUGUAAUAUAUUGCCUGUUAAAAUUUAA